CGCACACUCACUUUUCUCACACACACAACACACAGUUGGACAUACAAAGUUUCUUGUAUCUAUACAUUUUUUCUUGUUUAAAAAAUUUAUUUGUUUAUUUAUUAUGUGUCUGCCUGUGAAGUGAUACGAAUACAAGAUUUAUCUGGAGCUUGGUUUCAGCUGGAGAUUCAAACUUUGAGCUCAACUUGUGCGAAUCGGAUUAUUCGAAUCUUUGGCGCGAUUGGUACAGGUGGCUCUAGGAAAGCCAAUGAUUGCCUAUUAAAGCUCCCCGGUUAUGGAGGUAGCUGAUGAAGAAACAACAUUUCGUUUUUGAUAGUAGAGUACUUGGAGCAAAGAUGAAUCAGCUGCCGUUUAUGGGAGUUGUCUGUACUGUGAUGUUGUUCAUUAUAUAUAGGACCACAAAUUAUCAAUAUCAACAAACAGAGAUGGAAUCAAGAUUGUACCCAUUUUACACAUCAAAGGACUCAGGAGUGGAUUCUAGAAAUUUAGAUAGCUUGCCUCAUGGCAUCAUCGAAGCAAGGUCAGACCUGGAGUUAAAGCCUUUGUGGACAGCAAGCAGCUCCAGGUCAAAGGCCAGUGCACACAGGUCUUGUAAUUUGCUAGCAAUGCCCGUUGGAAUUAAGCAAAAGAAGAACGUAGAUACUGUUGUUCGAAAGUUUCUUUCAGAAAAUUUCACAAUAAUUUUGUUUCACUAUGAUGGCAACUUGGAUGGGUGGUGGGACCUGGGAUGGAGUACAAGAGCCAACCUCAACAUUUUCAAUCUCACGUUUCAGUCUGAACCUCUAAGGUGGUUUGCAAAACGCUUUUUACAUCCAGCAGUUGUUUCUAUUUAUGAUUAUAUAUUCUUGUGGGAUGAAGAUUUGGGGGUGAACCAUUUCCACCCAGGAAGGUAUUUGGAUAUUGUAAAAUCAGAAGGACUUGAAAUAUCUCAGCCAGCUUUGGACCCAAAUUCAACCGGUAUACAUCACAGAAUCACAGUAAGAAAUAGAGUGAAAAAAUUCCACAGAAGAGUGUAUGAUGACAGAGGUAGUAUAAGGUGCUCAGAUGACAGUGAGGGGCCGCCAUGCAGUGGUUUUGUGGAAGGUAUGGCUCCAGUAUUUUCGAGAUCGGCAUGGCAUUGUGCCUGGCAUUUAAUACAGAAUGAUCUAGUUCAUGGAUGGGGAAUGGACAUGAAACUUGGCUAUUGUGCACAGGGGGAUCGCACAAAAAAUGUGGGAGUAGUUGAUAGUGAAUAUGUUGUUCAUCAGAGUAUACAAACAUUGGGUGGGGCAUCUGCUACAAAGGUACCGAAUCGUGAAGAGACUGCUAAGGUACUUCUGUACUUGUAUUUGCACAUUGUACAGAGACACGCCAUCGAUGUAAGAACAGAGAUCAGAAGGCAGUCAUCAAUAGAACUCAAAAAGUUCAAGGAGCGAUGGGAAAGAGCGGUUAAGGAGGAUAAAAAUUGGGUGGAUCCAUUCCCGAAAACCUGGAGACGCAAGAUUUGGCGUAACUAUAGGCGUCAUUCUAAGGAUUAAAAGUAAAGGUUUUGAUUUGCUUGGUGGAGUAUUUUAUACCCUUCUGUAAUUUUUAGUCUGAUGGAACUUUGUCAAUUCAUAUAGUUAGAUUUUUUUUUUUUUUUUUUUU